AUGACCACAAGGGAUGAGCAAUACCAGCAGAUCAAAUCGGCACUGCUCUCGGCUGACCAUGACUUCUUGACACUUCCCUCCUCGCCUGCACAGCUGCAUCUCUCACAGCAAGCAUCAUCAGGCUCAAGGCCUACCAUCGCCAGUCUGUCCCUGCACCCAGCACUGGAGGCAGCGUUACACCUUCUCAACAACGAUCUUCCAGCAGCACACUUUCUCGUCCGUCACGCCCAGAGCGCACCAGCUUGGGAGUGCAUGUACCUGCAUGGCAUCCUGCACCGCAUCGAGGGAGAUAUCCAAAAUGCUCGGUGCUGGUACGGCGAUGUGAAGGACUCUGAGGCUCUAACGUCUGUUUGGAGUGCAGCCGAGACCUCGUGGGAAGACUUCUUGAACAGGGUGGAGAUAUCGAGGGACUCGGUAGCCAGUCGGAAGGGUUCAAAAACGCAAGUCGCGGCAAGCGAAGGUGUCGACUGGGAGAAGGAGGAAGAAGAAUUGAAGAACAUGAGUUCGUGGGAGCUGAGAAAAGUGCUGGAACACUUGGAAGAGAAAUUCGGUACGAAAGAGGUGGUUGAUUCGAGCGACAUGUGGGUUCAGCCGGGAGGAAAGCAUGCAGACAAGGCUAAUGCCAUGAUUGUUGGCGGCGAAGGCUGGAGGGAGUUCUGA